AUGGAUGCCCGCGGACUGAUCAGCAGCAAUGGGUUCUUCUAUUGGGACAGCGUCGUUAUCACGACCGACAAGAACAAGGAUGAGGGCAGCGUCCGGGCCUGCCUCGCCGAGCUGGGGCUACAUGUGCUUGAUAUCGGCCUCCUCACUCGCACUGAGAGGCCAGAUCGCAGCACAAAGAGCUGGCUUAUUGAUAUCCGGUGGAAGGACCGGGUAAAAUUCUUCAAAGCCGCACCUGACCUGAAAAGGUUGGGUCUCCGGGUAGAUGACUCGCUCACCAAGGAAGGGCGGGCGGAAAGAUCCAGGCUGCGGCCCAUGUGGCAGGUGAUAAAAGCGAAGCAGUGGAUCCCCAUGUGGCGCAACGGGGCCGAACUGUCUUAUAAGAAGAGCCCGAACAGGAGUGCACCGGUGCCCUACCCAAGCCAGUACAGUGAUGACGACAGCGACAGUGGAGAGGGUGGAGAGAUGGAUGCCGAGAAUGAUGACGACGUAAAUAUGCCUUUCAGGGGCUGUGCCGGCGGAGUUGGCGUUACUGGUAGCGGUAGUGCCGCCGCCGGUGGCAGCAUGCCGCCACCACCACCACUGCCACCACCACCACCACCUCCCAAGCCAAUGGCACCGUCACCAGCCGCCUCACCACCAACCCCGCCGUCUUACAGACAGCAGCUGGGGGUGAAGAAUCGUGAAGCACCCGUGGCUUCGCUGAGUGCCGUCAAAGCAAAAGGCGGCAAACACCCACGGACAGAACCAGUAUACGGGCUCAUGUACUCAGCAUUACCUAGUAGGCUCGACUGGUCCCACAACCAGGCGCCAGCACCCCGUGACCCGAGGCCCAGCUCUGCCGCCGGCCGCACCAUGGAUAUUGACGGCUUCGUUACCACCUCAGGGCGGAGGAGUUCCAAGGACCAGGAUCGAGACGGCGAUGAUUUAGACCAACUGACAGCACUGCAGGAGUUCAUGGGCUUGCCGGGGGACGCGGACCCUCAGGGCUACACAGACGUGCCCGGACGUAGGAGUGAAGACCUCGUCUGCAAUUUCGCUGGGCAACAGUUGGGCGCCCUGUGCCAAUCACAAGGGCUGCUGGUAUUAAAUGGCCAUGUUUCUGGGGAUUUAGAGGGUCGUCUGACCUUCCCCAAGGGUGAAGCAGGUCAUGCAGGCACUAAAUGGGGUGAUCACGGACCUAUCGAAUGGGGUCUGCAACAGCACGGAGUCAGUGGAGCGCAUUAG